UGGUGCCUGUAUGUAUAUGCAAGUUUUCAACUUCAUCUGUGUCUACCUCUUCAUUCUCGCUACGAAUCAAAUUCAACUCUUCUGAAAUAUACUCUAUGGUACUCAGUCCAUCUUUCCUCAAAUUUUUGUGGCGAUUGAUGCUGUAGUGGGCGCGUUCUUGUGCUUGAUCGCUUUGGCGGGUGCACAGCAGGGUGGUUGCGCCGCGUAGAUACGAGUCUCACAUUUUUUUAGGGGAGGAGCUGCGUGUUGCGCCGAUAAGUUUGAAGCCUACAGUGGACGGAAUUUGGCAAAUCUUAGUUCCCUAGAUAGCUACUGGUAUAGUCUACAGCUGUAAACCUUUAGCCUUGGGUGGAUGUACGCCGGUCGCGCUGCUAAUCUGUGUAAAACGAUAUUUUUUGUUCCUCCGCUUACUUUUUAUUUUUUUCAGUCGUGCAGCACUGGACAGCGGGGCAAUUUCAGCAUCGCAAUGGGGUGUCGUAGAAUGCAACCCCCCCCGUCUCUCUUUUGGAGGCAAGCGAUUUUUCCCGUGUGUGCGCCACGCGCUCUCCAUUUUCAACUCCUGCCUCUCUUCCCUUCACCUCAAACCUGUUUGUGAUACCCUGUGGGGGAGGUGUUUACAGCGACCACAAGCUGCCUUGACGGUAACGUUGGCUAGGAAAGGCCGAUACACAAGCCAUGAUUAGCAUCGCGAGAGUGUCGGCGGGAAGGACUGCUUCGCGCCUGGCGAGACAGCAGCGGCAUGUUGUGCCCUCGGCAAGGAUCGCUCUAGUCAGGGCCGAGGCAUUAGGGCUAGAGGGCAGCAGCAUCAGAUUGAACUCUCCAGCCUCGCGCGCUCUCGUGUCCGUAGCCAAGCCUUCCAAGCAGCUCGUCGAAGGGAGGAAAUUCAGCGCGGUGGCGCCCAAGCCCCUGGAGACGAUGAUCCCGUGGGUGCCUCCUCCGUUCCAGCCGCUGAUGAACUGGCUUCACCCCAUCAUGAUCAGGCCGCGGCGUCCGAUGGCGUGGUGUGGCAUCGAGGCGCUCAACACUGUGACCAACGCCGGGGCACUGUGCGGCCACUUCAGUUUUGCGCUUCUCACGCUCGCCUACCUCGAGACGGACGUCUUGAAGCUACGGUGA